AUGGCCAUCCAAUUCGCAACCCCCGCCAUGCCGCAGACCAACUUCUCCUGGAGCUCGCCAGACCCCUUUGCCAUGCGCACUGCUCCUGCCGCGCCGCAAGCUCCGCCUGCUGCGUCGUCAUCACGCCGCCGCACAGGCAGCCGCCUCUCGUCGCAGUCGCCCACCAACGAUGACACCAGCAACGGCUUCAAGUUUGUCACCGCCACCCGCCCCGAGGAAUUCAAGGAUCCGGAACUGAUGCGGACCGUCCGUUCGCAUGUCAUGUUUGGCGUGGUCGAGGGCCGGCAGCGUGUCACGCCCCGAGCCAAGAAGUCGACGGCCGCCCCCCUGGGUGCUUCGACGCGCGGGGAGAGCAGCAGCAGCAGCACUGGCUUGGGCCAGAAGAGAACACCAACCCUGACGAGGUUCGAUUCGGCCGCCGACUCCAAUCCCGAGAAUCCGCAAAUCAUGGCGAGGGAGGAGGCCCUGGACAUUUUCCAGAGAUAUCGCGUCCCCAGAUCCACCGCCUCGUUGCCCGGCAGCACCCCGCGCAGCGACCAAGGCACCGACGCCGACAGCCCGGAAUCCCAGCGGUCGAGCAUGGUGAAGAGACCAAAGAGGGGCUUCGUAGCCACCCCGCCGGCCGCCCCCCUCGUCGAGCAGCAGCACCCCGAGCAGAUGCUGGUCCAACCUCCGCAGGGCGGCAGAGUCUGGCUGAAUCCGCUCUUCGACUCCGCCUUCCAGAUGAUAGGACCCUUCGCCGCCUUUGCCCCGCCCGCACCUUCCAAUCCUUUUUCUCCUCACGAUCCGUUCCUAGCACUCCCGCAGCCGAGCAGCAACAUCGACAUGCCAGCGGUCAAGUACUACUGCCACUUGUACUUCGGCACGCGAGGCAUGGCGCGGGCCUGGCUGCCGCAGAUGAUCCAGUCGCGCGAGUCCUUCCUCAGCACCCUCGCCAUCGCCACCAGCCACCAGGACGCCAUGGCGGGCAAGCCCGCGCCCACGACCCUCACCACCAUGGUCCAGACCGAGGUGGCGCACCUCCUGCACGAGGCCUUCAACGAGCGCUGGUACCGCAUCAAGGACACGACCAUCAUGACGGUCGUCCAGCUCCUGUGCUCCGAACUCGUCAACUCGGGCCCCGCCCGCCUCGUCGCCCACGAGCGGGGGCUGCGCCAGCUCGUCCUCGAGCGCGGCGGCCUCGACCGCCUCGGCCUCCAGGGCGAGCUGGCCGGCGUCGCCACCGCCAUGGUCUACUCGUCGGCCAUCUUCCGCGAGGGCCAGCCGGACCCGCUGUUCGCAGAGUACGCGGCCUCGGUCCGGUCCGCUUCCGUCUACCGCGAUCCAGACGGCGACGUCAGGCAGACGACGACGCCGGCGGUGGUGGUCGUGCCCGAGUCGCCACUGUUCUGCCCGCGCACGCGCUUCGCGACCCUGGAGCGCAGCCGGCGCUGCGACGCGCGCACCCUGGAGCUCGUCGGCAAGAUGAAGGAGCUGGUCGACCUGGCCGAGGCGUCGGCGCUCGAGCAGGGCAACAGCAACGGCAGCGGCAGCGGCAGCGGCGGCGACAGCUGGGCCACCGAGGCAUGGUCCAAGGAGCGCGGCAUCCUCGACUACCUCCGCACCUUGCCGCCGGCCGAGUCGCUGCCGCUACCGCCGACCACGGACGUCGAACGGCAGGCGCGCUGGCGCUACGAGGCCUGCCGGCUCGCCGCCCUCCUGCACGCCGAGAGCUUGGUCGACCGCCGGCCGCUGUCGUCGCUGCCGGCGGAAGCCGUCAGUAAAUCGACGACGACACCGGCUUCGGAACGCUCGACGGGAGAGCCGCCCGAGGCAGCGGUGUCGUUGGAGCGGCUCAUCGAGGCGGUGCGGAGGAGCGAUUGCGGGUUCGCCGAGUGUUGGGGCGAUAUGACGGGGUUGCUGUAUUGGAUCACGCUCGUGGGCGGGGCCGCGGCGAGGGGGGGUGGUGGUGGUGGUGGUGGUGGUGGUAACGAUGAUGAUGAUUACGAUGAUGAUGACGAUGCGGCGAUGCGGCGGCAACGCAGGUGGUUGACGGCGUUGAAUGUGAGGUGCGCGAUCGUGUUGGCGUUUGAGCAUCAGAGCGCGGUGGUGGUGAGUUUGAGGAGGAUGCAGAAGAGUAUGGUGACGAGGGGCUGA